AUGCAAGCAAGUACUGAAGUGCAAAGUCUUUCUAUAAUAAAUAAUAACGAUGAACGAAUGCAAUUAGAUAAUGGUAACUCGAGUGAAGCGCACCCAAAAGCAGCAGCAGCAGCAGGGUAUUCCAGCUCGUUGGCAUCAACGUCCUCAUCAAUGCAUCAGCAAUCAAACGAAUCACGUAAACGAUCCUCUUCAUACGGCAAUACCAGCACCAAUAAUGAUACUAAUUCAUCACUAACUGAUAAAAGAAUCGCAACAAAAAUCUGUCGAGUGUGUGGCGAUAAAGCGUAUAGUUACAAUUUUAACGUCAUCACUUGCGAAUCUUGUAAAGCUUUCUUCAGACGUAACGCCAAUAAACAUAAAGUUGGUAUGAAGAAAGAAUGGAUAAUGAGCGAAGAGGCUCGAAUGGAAAAAAAGCAGCGUGUUCAAGAGAAUCGUGAACGGCGACUCACCGAAACGAAGAAUCCAAACCCUCCACAUCGGAGAGUGACAAAGCACAGUGACGACGAAGAAAUACCUCCAUCCAAAGUACCAUCUUUAACAGCGUCGCAGCAGUCAUCCAAACAAGAAAUAACAUUAGUUACAGCGAACGAUUCACACUCAAAUGAACCACUUCAAAAUAACACAUUGCCAUCAUUAAGUGGAAUAGCAAUGCCCACUUCAAUAUCGACGAGCGUUUCAUUUCGUGAUAUGCCCACACCUGGCUCAAUUGACUCGUUACCUUCACCUAUGAUUACCACUGCUGGUUUUAGGCCACCUCUUAUUACUGAUUCUACCUCUUGUUUGUUUUUUACUGCAGCGCAACUAGCAGCCGUCCACCAUGUCCAGCAACAGCAACACAGUAAUAAAACACAAUCGCCCACGACCGACUAUCCACCGUGCAGUAUGCUCUUAUCGUCGACCGUUAUUCCUCCAUCAUUACCUACAAUACCUCCUGUUUGCAUCGCGUCCAAUACGAAUCAUUUGAAUAUAUCACCGUUAAACGUUACCUCACAAUUGACUCCUCUGAAUAUUAUCACUCAAAAUGUUAUACCUCCGGCUAUGCCACAACCACUUCAUAUGUUCUCUCAGUCAGACCAGUCCUUAACUAGAUCAUUACCAACAAAUGAUGAUAUGAUUACAGUACCAAAAGAGGUGUUGAUAAGACUUUUACAGUACAAUAAUCAAUGUAAUAUCAAUUGUACAUCAUUACAAAGCCCUCACAUGGGUUCAUCCUCACAAACAUGCCUAUGUACAUGUUUUUGUGGAAAGUAUCCGCCGGGAAAGAUUAUUGUUGAGGAGGUACGAAAGGAACUUUCGGCAGGGCCAAGCUGUUCGCAAACUCAGUCGAUUGAAGCCAGAAAUGAGUCAUUAAAAGCAAAUGCAAGUAGAGUUGAUGAUUGGGCUGAAUGUAGCAAUGCGCAUAAUGCUAAUCGGAAAACAGAAACGCACUCUUCUCGUAGAUCGUCUCUCUUCAAGAGCGCCUCACUGCUCGAAGAAGAAAUGAACUCUGUUCAUGUGGUUGAUGUUAGUGUGCAUGUUUUAGUGGAUCCGGACUGUUGCUUGAUGACAUCAACAGAUCAAGACCGUUUGAAUGAAGUGCUUUGUGCAAACGGCGCAUGGGCUGAAAUAGAACCGAAUUCAGUGGAUGCGAUGCGUCAUGAAGAGGGAUGUCCGUCAAAAGUUGAUAUGAUUAAUAUGGCUGAUGGUGCCAUUCGGAGGAUGAUCAAAAUGGUGAAACGAAUGGAUACCUUCAGGCGCAUUGAGCAUCACGAUCAAAUGCAGCUCUUAAAAUACAGUUGCAUGGAAUAUAUAAUUCUACGAGGCGCAAUGUCCUAUGAUCCUGAGCAGAAUGCAUGGAAAGGACCAACAAUGCAUUCCGGUUUUAAUGUUAAAAUGGACGCUAUGAAAGACACGAGAGAUAACAUGUUUGAAAGUAGUAUUAGAUUUUACGCGACCUUUAAAGAAGAAUGGCGAACCAAUGAAGCUGUUAUGCUCUUGUUGGGAAUGAUUGUGAUCUUCAAUCCUCAUUUUCCAAAUCUUCACAGUGCACAAAUUAUCGAAAGAGAGUAUGAGGCUUAUAAGAAAGUUUUGAAAAGGUUAUUAUUUACGUUGUGCGGUCAAGAUGUGAAGCGUACGAAUGUUGAAUUUAAAGGUCUAUUAGAUAAAAUUACAUACCUCGAAACAUUGAAUAAACGUGCACAGCGAAUGCUUCAUGAGAUCGAUUGCAGUCAGAUGGAACCACUGUUGAUUGAAUUGUUCAAUGAAUGA